UUGAACUAAAAAGAGUUGUGCAUCGAUCGUACCUCUUUUUAAAGUUUUGCAAAGAAGCUUAUUAGACUCAAAUGGCAAAUAAGAUGGCAACAACUCGAGAAAUCCGAAAUUCCCAAAGAGCAGAUGAUCCAGCCACUAUCCUAGCCAUUGGCACUGCAAACCCACCCAAUGAAAUGACCCAAGAUGAAUUUCCUGAUUUUUACUUUCGAGUUACUAAGAGUGAGCAUAUGACCGAUCUCAAGGAGAAAUUUAAGCAUAUGUGUAAGUCUUAUCACAAAUCAACUGUCAAGAAGCGAUACAUGUACCUAACAGAAGAAUUAUUAAAAGAGAACCCGAAUAUGUGUGAUUACCACGCCUCAUCUUUAGACACUCGCCAAGACAUACUAGCAAUUGAGGUGCCCAAACUUGGAAAAGAGGCAGCUAUUAAGGCCAUCAAAGAAUGGGGCCAGCCACGGUCCAAGAUCACCCACGUCAUUUUCUGCACCGUAUCAGGUGUAUCCAUGCCUGGGGCAGACUACGAGCUUACUAAACUCCUCGGCCUAAGACCUACUGUUAAGCGUUUUAUGCUCUACCAGCAGGGUUGUUAUGGCGGGGGCACGGUCCUCCGUCUAGCCAAGGACAUUGCAGAGAACAGUCGUGGAGCACGUGUUUUGGUAGUCUGCUCAGAAAUGACAGUAGUUGGCUUUCGAGGGCCUACUGAGACACACUUAGACUCGAUGGUAGGACAAGCCCUCUUCACUGAUGGUGCAGGGGCUGUGAUCGUGGGUGCUGAUCCUGACGAGUCUGUCAACGAACAACCGAUUUUUGAACUUGUAUGGGCCUCCCAAACCUUCUUGCCGGGGUGCGAAAGGGCCAUCGCAGGACAGCUGCGACAAGUAGGAUUGACCAUUCAUUUAGCAAAGGACGUACCAAAGUUAAUAUCUAACAACCUUGAAAAAACAUUGACAGAGGCUUUUAAACCUAUUGGUAUAAAUGAUUGGAACUCCAUCUUUUGUGUUGCUCAUCCUGGAGGGCCUGCUAUCCUAGAUGAGGUGGAAACCGAACUCGGCCUUGACAAGGACAAGCUCAAUGCAACUCGACAUGUACUUAGCGAGUUUGGAAACAUGUCUAGUGCUUCUGUAUUGUUCAUCUUGGAUGAGACAAGGAAGAGGUCAUUCAAUGAAGGCAAGGCUACAACUGGUAACGGGUUGGAUUGGGGAGUCUUGUUUGGGUUUGGGCCUGGUAUUACUAUUGAAACUGUUGUGCUCCAUAGUGUCCCAACGAAAUUAGCUUGAUUAAGGCAACAUCCGAUGCAUUGACACUUUAUAAGACCAAUGCAAAUGUAUUGUACGCUCUAUGUUUCAAAUAAAUACUCGUACUUCAGUUUGUAAUUUAUUUUUUGUAAAAGAAAGAGACGAGACUUAUAUUACAUAGGGGUGAUUGAGGAACAUCCCUGAGAACCUUGAAACAAAAGGAAGUACAGGUUACCCUGCAAAGGGGGGAAAAUUAAAAAAGUUUGUAGACAAAGCAAGAGAACAGGCUGCAAAGGGGAAAAUUAGCAACCCUGAAUUCCUGAACUAAGCAACCAAAAUAAAAAACAGACAUAAGGUUAAUAGAAAAGAACUGAAAAAAACCAGGAAUAAAAGGAGAAGCAGUAACAUCAUCAGAACUUGUAGACAGUAAGAGGCCUAGGAGAGAAAGCAGCUGCGGGAUCAGCAAGUUCUCACCAUUUCAAGGGAAUGGGCCAGCUUGUAGCGUAAUAAGGUUUUGAUGAUUGUAAACUAAUGAUGAUUAUCUAUCUAACGUGUUUGUUAAG